AUGCCAUCUAAUUUGGCUAGACCAGAGAAAAGGCAGAAUGAAGCACAUGUUGCUGCUCCUUCAAAUAAGAAGAAGUUCAAAAGUGGAAGAAAGGAACUUCGAGAAGUUCACAAAGGAAGAAACAGUCAUAUGCAAGUUAAAGAAAAUCCGCAAGAAGUAGAUCAGCAUGAUGAAGCUGAUGAGGAAGAAGUGGAAGAAGAUGUUGCCACAGGAAGACAGGAAAUUGGUGCAUAUAAUGCUCUUGUUACACUUCUCAAAAGCGAUCACCCAGAAGUUGUGAAGAAGAAAUCAAAAAAGAAGGUAGCUCGAGAGGACGAGACUAAGAAUGAGGAGAUUUUUGAUUACGAGGUGGAAGAAGAAGAAGAGGACAACGCGCAAGAUGAAUAUGAAAAUAUAGCGGACGAUGACAAGGAACAGGAUAAUGAGGAUGUGCACAACAAAUUUGAUGCAUUCAACAGACAUUUUAAUGAUGAGGAGAAAAUAGAGAAGGAAAUUGACAAUUACUUGAAAAGCCACUCUAAGCUCAAAUUGUCUGAAAGAAAGCAACUAGGGAAAGCCAUCAAACUUGAUUACAGAUAUACUGAUGCGGACGAAAGUGCUCCAAAAGACAUUGUGAAAAAACUCAAAUACCAUAACGUCAAACAAAAACUUCAGGACGAGUUUGUGAACCGAGACCCGACAAAUCUGGAAAUUGAGCUUUUGGAAUCGUUGUUGAAUUACCAAAAUGUCAAUUUUCAGCUAUUAGGCAUGCCAGAUAGCGUGACCACUAAAUAUCAAGAAUACUACUUACUCCAUUGUUUGAACCAUAUAUACAAGACGAGGGAUAGGGCGCUGAAUAAUAAUGAGAAAAAAAUCCAGGUGCAAAGGCAAAUCGAAGAAGGAAAACUAGAUCCUGCACACGAACCCGAAUUUAGGGAUCAAGGAUACACUCGUCCUAAAGUCUUGAUCCUGCUACCUACGCGAAAUUUCGCGUGGGAAGUCGUGAACAAGUUAAUUGAGCUUAGUUCUCCAGACACUGUGGAAUAUAAAGCAAGGUUCAAGGAACAGUACUAUGAUGCAUUUGAUGUCAAUGAUCUUAAUCCAAAAAAGCCUGUGGAGUUCAAACAGUUUUUCAAGGGGAAUUCCAAUGAUUUCUUUUGUUUGGGAAUAAAAUUUACAAGGAAGACGCUUAAGUUGUUCUCCAAAUUUGAUCAAUCUGACGUGAUUGUCGCUUCCCCAUUAGGGUUGAGAAUGACGUUGGAGAAAACCAAAAAAUCAUUUUUGAGUUCCAUAGAAAUCACUGUGCUGGAUAAAGCGGAAGGUCUAUAUAUGCAGAACUGGGACCAUGUGAGCGAAGUUAUGUCUAAAAGUCUCAACAUUCCACCAAAAGACUUUGACGAUCUGAAUGUUGAUUUCAGUCGUAUCAGAAUGUGGGCAAUCAAUGACCAUUACAAGUAUGUUGCACAGGUGAUAGGGUUUACUAAAUACCCAUUCCCAGAGCUCAACAAUGUUACGAUGAGUAAUCCCAAAAUAUCGGUGAACCUGUUGGGAGGAACAGCGGUGUUCAAGACUUUGUGUGGUGACAAUGACAGUGAGCUUGCGAACCUGAAAUAUCAGUUAACAAAACUAGGGCUUAUUAAUAAUCAGACUAGGCUGAAACAGGUUUUUAUGAGGUUUGAAGCAGACUCGUUAUUAGAUGAACCAGAUAAACGAUUUGCAUUUUUCAGGAAUGUGUUACUACCACAGAUCCAGCACAAGGUGUCGUAUGAAAAUGGCACAUUGAUAUAUUUUGCAUCCUACAUCGACUAUAUUCGCGUGAAAAACUACCUGGAAAAGGAAACUAGCAUUGCGUUUGUUGCCAUAGACGAGUACUCUUCUCAAUCUGUAUUGACUCGAAAUCGUGCUCUAUUCACAAAGGGUCAAAGCGAUGCCCGCAUAAUGCUGUACACCGAGAGACUGCACUUUUACAAACGUUACGAUAUCAAAGGUGUUCGUAAUGUCAUGUUCUAUGGUAUACCUACAGACCCAAGUUUCUACUCGGAAGUGCUGAAGUUCAUUGUCGAUAACAAAAUACGCCUGGACAUGGCCAACAGCAAUUCCGAAAGCUCUGGAGACGUAGUUGACUUGAAUCUGUGCAUGGUGAGAGCGAUGUUCAGCAAGUUGGAUUUGAUAAAAUUGGAGAGAAUCGUUGGAUCACAGAAAUCUCGGGUUCUCGCCCUAGGGGACAAUGAAAUGAACGAAUUCCAUUAA